GGAGCCCCCGGCCGCGACUGCGAGCGCACGCACGGCGGCGGUGACAGGAGCUGCCGCCGGAGCCUGGGGCGUGCGGGAGGCGCCGAGCGAGGGGCCGGGCCCGCGCCCCGGGCAGCCGGCCGCAGCGGGGGCAGCCGCCAUGGCCGCGGGCUGGUGAGGGCGGCCGGGCGCGAUGUUCGUGCAGGAGGAGAAGCUCUUCGCCGGGCGGGUGCUGAGGCUCCAUGUCUGCUCCGCGGAGGGCGCGGAGUGGCUGGAGGAGGUGCCCGAGGACACGACGGUGGAGAAGCUCAAGGAGCGGUGCUUGAAACACUGUGUACCUGGGAGCUUAGAGGAUCCAAAAAGCAUAACGCAUCAUAAAUUGAUCCACGCUACUUCAGAGAAGGUCCUGACAGAUACGAAAACAGUCUUGGAGGAAAACAUUCAAGAUAAAGAUGUCUUGUUGUUGGUAAAAAAGCGAGCUCCCCCUCCACCUCCCAAAAUGGCAGAAGUAUCAGCAGAGGAAAAAAGGAAGCAGGAACAGAAAGCUCCCGAUAAGGAUGCUAUUAUCAAAGCAACAGCAAAUCUGCCCUCUCGCAAUGUAGAUCGCACUGUGGCCCACCACAACAUGAGGGAUUUCCAGACAGAGCUCCGGAAGAUCUUAGUUUCACUUAUAGAAGUUGCGCAGAAAUUGCUGGCACUGAACCCGGAUGCAGUUGAACUAUUUAAGAAGGCAAAUGCCAUGUUGGAUGAGGAUGAGGAAGACAGAGUGGAUGAAAUAGCCCUGCGCCAGCUUACAGAAAUGGGGUUUCCAGAGAGCCGAGCUGUCAAAGCCCUUCGUUUAAACCAUAUGUCAGUGACGCAAGCAAUGGAGUGGUUGAUAGAACACGCAGAUGACCCCACGGUUGACGCACCGCUUCCAGGUCAAACCUCAUUAGAAGCUGUCUCUGAAGUGGGUGCUUCCUCUGCUGGAGCAAUUGCUGGUCCUAGUUUGGAAGCUGGUGGGGAAGAGCCCAAGGAUGAGCUGACGGAAAUAUUCAAGAAGAUCCGCAGGAAAAGAGAAUUUCGUCCGGACCCACGAGCUGUCAUUGCCUUGAUGGAGAUGGGCUUUGAUGAAAAAGAAGUGAUAGAUGCACUAAGAGUAAACAACAACCAGCAAAACGCAGCUUGUGAAUGGCUGCUGGGAGACAGACAGCCAUCUCCAGAGGAUUUGGAUAAGGGAAUUGACACCACUAGCCCUCUCUUCCAAGCCAUCCUGGAAAACCCAGUGGUACAGUUAGGGCUAACGAACCCUAAAACGCUGUUAGCCUUUGAAGAUAUGCUUGAAAACCCCUUAAACAGCACUCAGUGGAUGAACGAUCCAGAGACGGGACCUGUCAUGCUACAGAUCUCUCGAAUCUUUCAGACGCUGAACCGCACGUAGAGGGGAAUGCCGAUCCACUGUGCCACUUCUUGCUGUCUCUAGCUUCAUGUUUCCUGAACAAGAAGGAACAUAGAUUUUUGGGGGCGGGGGGGGGAAUGAAGGGGGGUCUGAGGGAAGAAGGUAGCAGAGGAAGCAAAAUAGCUUUUUGUUGUUUGGGUAGGCACCUCUCAAAUAAGAGUGUGUGUAGUUAUGGCCAUCCUGAAGUUAAUAGCCUUGUGGAUUUAGUGGAAGAGGUUUGAAGACUUGUUCUGGGGGUUUUUUUGCUUUCAGAUGGUAGGUUGAAAAUGAAAUAUAUAUCCAAAUACAGGAAAAAGCUUUGUAACACAACUAAGCAUCUGAUUGACCGAGAAAGUAAUAUGAUGACAUUGCCUCAUGUUUCUAUCUUCUUGCUCAAAAGGCCUAUGACAGCAGUUUUACUAGCCAGUGGUUAUAGCAGCAUCUGGCUAGUGUUUACAAAAGGUCACUGACCACUAUCAUAGGAUAAUAAUCAUACUAUUCAUCUCUAUACAGUGUUAAUUUAUGUCUAUAUCAAAAUACAAAAUACUUUUUAAAUUGACACUUAGGAACUUGUUUUUUAAAAUAAGUCCAAAUGUUGAGAGAACAUGUUUUUAUCCAGACUUGUCUGUCUUACAUUUUAAUUUAAACAGAAUAAUUCAUAGAUGGAAUUUCUUUAAUUAAUAAAUAGCGUUACUUUUUCCUAUUUAUUUUCUGCGUUAGUGUUGUUCCAAUCCUGUGGGCUCAUGUGUUUGCAGGAGAUUUCACUCAACUAGAUUAAAGAUGCAGUAUCUCCUUUCAGAAAAAUGUAAUUUGUCAUUCCAGCAGUUUGGUUCUCAAGUGCUACAGUUCAUAGGUUUGUCCUGUUUUAACAUAUCUUAGUGUGAAAGGUGACAUGUUUCCAUGUACUUUUGCAUUUCUGAAUGUAUAUUUUAGGAAAGGAGUUCUGUUUUGCAGGCAUCUUCCUUUUCUCUGCUUGCAAUGCCAAAAGCUACUAACUUGCUUGGUUUUUAAUUGAAAGGUCACCUGCACAAUGAAACAAGAAUCCAUACAAAAAUAUUUAGGUUUGUGUCCUGUUUUUGCUUGCUUGUUGUAUAAAACACACUUGAAAUGAUUGCCCUCUUCCAAAUAAGGAAUUUUCCCCUGCUUGUACUUUACCUUAGAAAUAUCAGGAAUUUCAAGUCUUGUCUUCCCUUGUCUUUAUUGGAAGACUUGCUGGAGGUCUCAGAUGUGUAUUGUGAGUUUUGUCAGGCUGCUAACUAAAGGAGUACACAUGCUGAAUCUCGCACAUAGAUCUCUUCUUCCAACUAUUUAUGCUGCAGUUGAGUUACACGGGUGGUGAUAAAAUUUUUAAAUAGCUGGACUAAAAAUCAUUUCCCUUUUCCAUCAAGUUUCACUUGCUUGGUGUCUGCAGUGUAAUAAACCAAUCCUCCGCUAGUCUAUACAGUCUGCCAUGAAAAACAGGGUAAACAAGACCUGGAUUUCUAAUGUAAAAAAUAUGCUGAGAAAAUUAAACCUUUUAAGUUUUCAUUAGCCACCAUAAAGGUGUGUAUAUGUUUUGUGAGAGGAUAUUCUGCAUAACUUUGUAGGUCACCUUUUAAAGUGAUCUUACUGAGGGCAUCUAGAUUCAGACCUAAACCACAGAACAAGUUUUGGCCUGAUCUUGGCAUCUGAACUGUAGUAAUAUGCAGCUGAGACACAGAAGUUGCCAAUUUCACAUAAUGUGGAUGGGUGGGGAAGUCAGUCACUCAGAUCUUAUCUUUACGUACUAUACCAGUUUUAUUUUUGGCUUUUGUAAUAUCAUUAACAGUCUAUUGCACUUAAACAGAUUUCUGUAAGGCACUUAGAUUUCCAAAUCCAAAAGUAACCAUUUUCAGCACCCCUGUUUUUCUUUCAACCCGUUCUUGGCAUCCUCAAAACUUAAUUGCAGUUUUGGUUUUAAAAUCUGAGUCUGAUUCUUCAACACAGUAAUUACUCAAAUUAGUCAAAUUUCAUUUCAUUGCAACUACUCACGUGAGUAAGGGUUAUAGAUAUAAUAUUGAGAAUAAUAUUUAAGCAAGUUUCCUGAUACUGAAGGAUUUCAGUUGUUCGUUCGAUCAGGCUUUUUGUUUUGCAAUGGUUUCCUUGAACUACUACCUGAAGAUGUUAUUACUUGAAGUUCUAAGCAUUUGAGGCACUGAUAUGUAUGAUAUUCCCUCUUCCAUCCAAGUUCUUGUAAAUAAUCAGUGCUUGUUUCUACAGGACAAUAUUAGGUAGAACCACCAUCAUGUGAUUAUACUGAUUUCCUUACUAAACAAGAAUUGUUCCAGACUGCGGUUCUGAAUGUAUUGGACACAAGUUGAGACAGCAGCAUGUCCUGUAAUAACUUAUGGUCUGAUCAUGUUCCCAUUAAGUCGUGCCCAAGCUCCCAUUAACUUUCAUGCAGUAAGAUCAGACACUUUUUUAAAAUAAUUCAUAAACUGAUUCCACAAAGAACUAACAUUGUUUUUAUCUACAUAUCCUUCAUACUUAAGCCUUCUCUUUCAAGGAGCAGAAUGGUUCACUUUUAGACUGUAAGUUCUGCUGCUUGUAUACCUCUGCAUUAUCCCCAUGGCAAUGGACUUGAGUUAGAUUGUAUGGUUUCAUCACUGUCUGUUUCUGAACAGGGUGUAUUUGUUUCUAUGUCAGGCUUAUCUAGGUGACACAAGUACAUCAAAACUGCACUUGUUGUCUUGUCGCAACAGGUUCAACGCAUCUUUUAAAAUAGCUUUCAAUAGAAUUGCAGUAGAGAAACUGAAAUAAAUGAAGGCAAGAAUGCCUUGUGUAUCUGCUUUCCUAAUAAAAUUAAUAUGGCAACUAUGAUAUAAGAAACCUUGUGAUUAAAGGAAUACUGCAUCUUUAAAAAACUAAAAAGUUUGAGGAUAUGCAGUUUUAGACUCUAUUAUUUCAGAGCUUUACUCCUGUACAGUGUAAGUGUAGAAGGAGAGAGGCUGGUUAUCAUUAUAAAGUGUCCUCCAGCCUUGGUUUUUUCAUAUGGCUUUUUAUUUUUAAAUGCUGCUUGACUUUUGAAAACACAAGUUUCCAGUGGCCAAUAUCUGGGAUUAGUGGAAGGUUAUAUGGAUUUAAUGUUUUUCAGCAAGACUUGGGCAUGAAUAAAGAUGUACUUAACUAUGUCAAUUCAAAUGUAACUUAGAAUGCCACUUAAGGAAUCAGUUGAUUCAGCUCAUUAGUAUGAAUGUCUGACACUAAUACAUGCUGUGUGCUGCCAGCGCCUCGGGAGCUAGAAGUCCAGUGGCACGUCCUGUGAGCUGGAUGGGUUGCUACUCCAAGGUUACUAUUGCUUUUUAAGUCCAUUGUGGUUGCAGUUGUGGCAAUUCUCCUGUGCUUUCUAGAAUUCUGAAAGCAUAAAGAUCCCUACAUGGGCAAUGAGGCUGGGAUUCAGCAUUUGAAGGGGCUGGUUCCAGGCAGUGUCAUGAUGAAAGGAUUGUGGGUUCAAACCUGCAAAACCACAAGAAUCUUGGGAGUAGACGUUUUUUAAAAAUCAAUGGGAUUACGUGUGUGAGUAAGUAGUAGUUGCGUGAGUAAGGAUUUGCAGGUUUGAGCCAUGUGCUUGCAUGUCUGAAGUCUCGAUUAAAGUUAGCAAAGAGAUUAGCAGUGGUGCUGGCUUCAUUGUAAAGUGUCUUAUUGCAUCAUCGGAACUAGGUCAAGGGAAAAAGUGGAAGAUAGAUAAAACCAAGGAAAAAUGAGGAAAUGGGCCAGGUAGGUGGAUUAUCUGCUGCAAUAUUGACUGCUUAUAAUUGUUCUUAUGCUUGGUCUAUACUUGCCCCAUCAGUUGACAUAGACAAUCUCUUACCUUUUGAUAUGUGUGACUCUUAAAAGCUAGCUAGCUAUUUAUUUAAAUAUAUAUAUGUGUAACUUAUAAUUUUGUCAUCACAAAGCUUUGAUAUUUUUAAUAGAAAUGUUCUAUAUAGAAGUUUGUUCUCAGGGCUUCAUAUUUAUACUAUAGGGCAAUGCAUUUAAAGGGAUGUAUUUGGGGUGUGGGGGGGAAGCUAGUUGCCACUUUGCAACUUAAAUGUUGGUUAGUCUAGACCUGUGAGACCGAGCUAGCAUGAGACUCCUCUGAGCCACUGUAAUAGACAAGUCCAAAGAAUCCACCGUUGUUUCCUCUUCCAUCUCUUGAGGAUGGUGGAAAUGGUCACACAAGAAUACACAGCAGCUUUGCACAUCGUUGUCCUUUACACAGUUCCAAGGACACUUCUGCUUUGUGUGUAUUGAUGGAAGUGGAAAGCUAAUUCACGCAGUUUCUAGUGCAGUGGUCAAUACACCUGCACUCUGCUAGGAGUCCAAGAACGCAUGGCUGCAAGAGCUCUUAGGUUUCCAGACCAUCUCCCCACAUUUGGCUACUUGCAGUCUGUCACAGUUGUUCCCCAGAACCUUUUACCCCAUUUUGCCUGGAGCCAAACUUGACUUCUAGAGGUGGCUCUUGGUAUCUGAGAAAUGGUUGUGUUUAUUCAAAUGCUUUUUAGUUGGAGCAAGUUGCAGUCUUCUGGCAUCAUGAUCCAUGGGCUGAGAAUCUUUGAAUUACUGCAUUGGAAGCAACUGUGCAAAUGGACACAACACCAAAUGAUGAUUGUAUUCUAUCACUGUGUCAGUAUAUCUUGUCUAUUGAGCAGGCACACAAGUUGUUCCCAGUAGUCUGAGGUUCAAAAGCACUAUUUACAAGAUAGAGUGUUAUCCAAAGGAAAUACCUCAUUUUUCUGCUAAUUAGAGUGGCAUUUUUUAUCAGUUAUUAAUCUUUACUCCUAGGACUUUAUAAAGAGCUGAUGGAAUAACUGCAUCCACAGCUGGCCAUUUACAUCCACAGAUAUGUUGGAUAAGAUAAUUUAAAAGGGAUAUAAAUCCUCAUGCUUCAGGGUGUAACCCAACCACUAAAUGCAUCUUCACUUAUGGGCAGAUUAUUCCUCUGAAGCAUUUGGUGCUGGCCAUUGUUAGACUAGUUAGCAGACUAGCUUAGCCACUAGUCUGAGUCAGGAUGGCAAAUCCUAUGAAAGAAAAGCAAGCAGUGCAUAUUACGUUUACAUGAACAUGGUUUAAAAAGUCCUGUUCACUUGCAUCCCAACCUUUCGUCAUUACAGACGGUAUGUAUUUAACAUGUGGUGAACCUUUUGCUCUAGGCUUAAAGAACUUACAUGCAGAUCCCUGUUUGAAGCAUACAAACUUUAAUAAAUGUGAAAGCAUUAAAUUCUUAUUGAAUUUGGUUAUAGUUUUUUUAUAUCAUGUUCUGGACCGGGGAAAAAUUGUGCUAACAUUUUAAACUAAAAACCUACCAAAUGAAAUGUGUGUUGUCUUGUUGCAGCAGGUAGGAAAGGCGUGUAGACCUUUUUUAAUUUGCAAGUUUAUUUUUAUUAUAGUUUAAUGAACUGUACAAGAAUGUGAUUUGCCAUACAGCACUGACCACAAAGUAGCACUAGUGAAGUUAUACUGUAAGGUACUAUGACUUUUCAUUUCAUCGGUGUAUAGAAUGGGUACAGUACAUAGUUUUUAUAUGGAAUUGACACUGAUAUGUGGCAUGCACAGUUGUUUUUAAGAUGUAAUGUUACUUUUAUGAAGUUUAACUUGGGUCAACAUCAACAAACCUAUAGAAUUCAGGGUUCAUUCUAAAACUUACUAGCAUGGGUCAGUGAUCUGCUACACAUCUGCAGAAAGAUUCAGCAACGACUAGUGCUAAUACUAAACAUUUGUCACCCAUUUUUGCUUUAAUAUGAUUGUCUGGCCAAAAUAAAAUCAAUUCUGCAUUGUUACUAAUCUGAUCCCUUUUAAACAGUCAGGCUGUUAUCUGCAGAAAUGUAUUCUGAGAGACUAUCACGAGUGUUUGGUUCAUGUGGCUUUGCUGGUAACUAUUACCUACGUUAGUAUGGCUAAGUUGGACCCAUGAGCGUGAUUAGAAUGAACGCUGAGUCUUUUAAACCUACACACGCGCACUCUGAGAAUGAUCUGGUAAUGUGUGUUGUACAUUUAUAACAUCAAAUAAUAAAGUUUUUUGAUUUAUUA